UAUCUUUUUAUUUGAUUUUAUUAAUUACAUAUUUCUCAUAUGAAUGUUCUGUGUUUGUAAUUAUUCUACCACGAGCUUUAUGUACAGAUUUGCAGUUUAUUAUGGAACCAGUCAACAACAAUCAGUUUGAAGUAAUACCAGAUUUAAAUAAAAGGAAGAUCACAGCUCCAUCACAGAAUGUGUACCUCAACCCAGCAUUGGAUCUUCUUGCCAAUGAAGAUCCCAUGUGCAAUAAUGCGAUGGAAAUUGUUCCCAUAAAAAAACGCAAACGAGCAAGAAGCUGUGACAUAACCGCAUUUGAGAAUACUGCCCUUGAUUUGGGCAUAAGUAAAGCAGCGGUCAAUGAGUUUUUAGUUAGAGAACUGAACAACGUAAAAAAUAAUUUAAGAAUGCAAUCGAUGGAUAUUAAUGAUAGACCUAGUUUAUCAUUACCAAACACAUCCAUAGAUAAACCGGAAGAAAUUAAUAUGGAGCCUACGCAUUCAGAACCAAUUUAUGCUAAUAUUAACACCAAGCCUCUUUCCACAGACACAACUAACAAUACCACAGAUAGUACUCGAAUGUUUGAAAUCGCAGAAAAUUCCAAAUCGGAUUAUUCCAAUAGAGAUUCUGGUAUUUCAGUUUUAGAACCAAAGAACGUAACCAACACUGAUAUAUCCAGCGUAAUGAAUCUAUCAAAUAUAACUAAUAUUGAAAGUACUGUAACAAGCCAAACAUGUAGUAACAAUACUAACAACAUUAGUCUAAGUUUUAUAGAUCAUUUGGCUUUAGACUCACCGAGUGUUUCAAAUCAAUCACUUUACUUAGACGAUGAUUUGAAUGAAAGCAAUAUAAUGGAAAUUAAAACUAUAACAAUUAUAACAAAGAAGAAACGUAUACACACAUUGAACAAUACCAACCCGUUUCUUGUUCCUAACUUCAACACAGGAAGCUAUGUACCAAGUAGCAAUCCUUUCUUCGAUAACAUUCAACCAGGAAUCGACUAUACCAACGAGAAUCUUAAUAUACCAACACAAGAAAGUAAUUUAUUACCGAGGAAAUUAUUCAGUGAUACCAAUAGUACAGUUUCGACUGAAAAUGAAUCAGGAUUCAAUAUAGAAGGAAAUGAAUAUGAAAAAGUCGAUAAUUACAGAGCCGAAAGUCCAGUUUACGAAAAUAUAGACGAGACAUACAACAAACAAAGCAAGAUAUUGGGAUGCAACGUUUCACGAUUCAGUGCUGAUGAUAUAAUGAACAUUAAUAAAACCAGCCAAUCAAACAAUGAUUUGAACGUAAGAAAAGACAUAAAACACCAGUUAAUGAAAGUGAAAAAUAAAUUAUCGAAAAAAGUUUUUAAAUCGUUGAAAAAAACAUUCAGAACCGAGAAGGUUGAUAGGACAUCGAAUCCUUAUGAGGUGCCGAGAAAAAUGAAACAAAAAACUGAGGUGCCCGGUAUAGAGAAUCCGGCCCUGCGUUUGGACAACUCCGAUGAAAUUGAAAUAGAAGAUGUCGAUGAACAUGAAUAUGAAAGUGUAAAAACGCUUAGGAACACUCAAUUAAAUAUGAAUCUCACUCCACUGAGAGAGAAAAAUGAAUGUAAUCUCUCACAUAACAAAACAUACACUCCCGGUAAAAAAGUGCGUUUCGACUCAACUUUAAAUCAAGAGAAAGUGAUCACCGGCAACAGUUUUGAUGGGGACAUCCAGAGUCCAGGGUUCGACGUCAAGAUAGACAAGUAUCAUGAUGAACUGGAGAAUUGUAUUAAUGAAAAGAAAUUCUUGCAACAAAAUAUGUGAUGUUA